AAUAAUAUUAUUUAUUAUUUAAACAGUGUCGAUUGUCGAGUGUCGAGCUUAUAAAUUGACACUACAGACUAUCGGCGAACGGUAUUUUAAGUUAUUUGUUUAUCAUCUAAGUUUAUUAUCAUAUUAUGUUAAAUAUUAAUUAAAAAUUUUAUCAUUGUAAUUGUAGAGUUGAGCGUGUUAAAGUGUAAUUCCGUUGUUAAUUGUCAUACAUUUCUACACUCAUCUACUAACUGCCAGCAUUAUAUUUUACUAAUUGUUACUUUUUAGUUACUUUCGUUAAUUUGUUUCAUUACAAUUAUUACUAUUGUUUUUUCGUAAAUCGUAAAAUUGAAUUAUACCAUCAAUCCCACUAUGAGUAUUUUCAGCAUCGUCGAACAAGCACCUCCCAUCGAAGUGUUCCAUCUGGUGAAAUUGUUUAAUGAAGACGACAAUCCAUCAAAAGUAAAUUUGUCCAUUGGGGCAUACAGGACAAAUGAAGGCAAACCAUAUUAUAUGCCUGUUGUGAAAAAGGCUGAAAGCGUGGUACUUGAAAGUACAUCUAAUCAUGAGUAUUUACCCAUAUUGGGCUUAGAAUCGUUUACCAAAGCUGCAUCGCAACUCCUACUAGGUGAUAUCGCUGAACGACAAGAAGAAGGAUCUAUCUUUGGAGUUCAAUCAAUCAGUGGUUCUGGAGCACUUAGAGUGGGUGCAGAAUUCUUAGUUAAACAUUUGAAAUGUACCACAUUCUAUUAUUCAAUACCAACUUGGGAAAAUCACCAUUUGAUUUUCAUGACCAGUGGAUUUCAAAAUGCCAAAACUUAUCGCUAUUGGAAUGAAGAAACAAAAUCGCUCGAUUUUGAUGGAUUUUGUGAAGAUUUAUCAAAUGCACCAGAGAAUUCAGUUAUUAUAUUACAUGGAUGUGCUCAUAAUCCAACUGGCUUAGAUCCGACUGAAGAUCAAUGGAAGAAAAUUGCAGAAAUUAUAAAAGAACAUAAUUUAAUACCAUUCUUUGAUAAUGCUUACCAAGGAUUUGCAUCAGGAGAUUUGGAAAAAGAUGCCUGGUCUGUGCGAUACUUCUUUAAUCAAGGGUUUGAAUUUUUAUGUUCACAAUCAUUUGCUAAAAACUAUGGACUUUAUAAUGAACGUGCUGGGAAUCUUACUUUUGUACUGAAUUCUGUGGAAAAUAUCAAAGCUGUAAAAUCGCAGGUGACAAUGAUUGUAAGAGGAAUGUACUCAAAUCCACCAAACCAUGGUGCACGUACUGUCAGCACAAUAUUAAAUAAUGAUGAAUUUAAAAACGAAUGGAUGAAUACUUUAAAGCUUAUGACAGACAGGAUUAAAGCUAUGAGAAAAGCAUUACGAGAAAAUUUAGAAAAGCUUGGAACAAUUGGAACAUGGAAUCAUAUAACUGAUCAGAUUGGGAUGUUUUCCUAUACAGGAUUAUCAGAAAGUCAUGUAGAAUACUUACGGAACAAAUAUCAUAUUUAUAUGUUACGGUCAGGACGUAUUAACAUCUGUGGACUGAAUACAAAUAAUAUUCAAUAUGUAGCUGAAGCAAUUACUGAUACUUUAUUAAAUGUUACCAAGUAAAAUAAUAAU